GAAUAUUGGGAAGCGGCUAGUCCAAAUCUAUCCCGUAUCUCAAGCUGCCUAGUCUAGCAAAGGGUAGUUUUUUCUGAAAUGCUGAUAUCGAAAACAUUCAUUUGUAGCCUAUAUGCUUUUUUCUAGAUCAUUUCAAAUCAAUGCAACUCGUGCUUAUAGGUUGUCGAAAGAAUUGGUGGAAAGUGGUGAGUCAGCUAUAACUCUUUCUCCCGAUGGAGCAGUCGUCGUUUGUUGGCAUCCAGUCAGAAAGGUUCCUUAUGAGUGUACUAAACCUAUUUCACAUAACAUUAAAUCGCUACGUACUCCAACUUCUCCUCUAAAAAUCAAUGUACCCGAUACAAUCAUCAAAAAUUCUGCAGAGCCUACUGUAGUAGAACUUUCAAAAGCUUUCGGUGUUCCAUGGUUUCAUUUUCGACCUAGGAGAAGUCAAAAAUCUCAUUCACCUUACUUUUGGGCCCCACUUAAAGAACGAAAUAACUUGUAAACUUUGAAUGACAAACAUAUUCCAAUCGCCAAAAAGUUUCAUAGAUUAAAAAGCAUUAGUUUUUUGUCGUA